CUUCGACUUCCACGGCCUAUAAAGCCGGACACUCAGUCGGCUCUCUCUUCUCACUCCACUGUCUCAGCCCAGCCUCAGCUCCAAAUAUGGCCCUCUCCCAGGCCACCCCUCUCUCCCUCUUCUCCGCUAGUCUCCUCCUCGCUCUGCUCCCCCUCUCACUCGCCGCCCACACUGGCCCUGGUCUCAUCCUCACCCUCGUCAACAACUGCCCCUUCACCGUAUGGCCCGCCAUCCAACCCAACGCCGGCCACCCCGUCCUCGAGCGCGGCGGUUUCGCCCUCUCCUCUCUCACUCACCGCUCUUUCCCCGCCCCCUCCGCCCACUGGUCCGGCCGGAUCUGGGCCCGCACCGGCUGCGUCUACAACCCCCACACUCACCAGUUCGCCUGCGCCACCGGUGACUGCGGGGGCCGCCUCGAGUGCGGUGGCCUCGGCGGCAAGUCCCCGGCCACCCUGGCCCAGUUCAGCCUCCACCACGGCCACGCCGACUUCUCCUCCUACGGGGUCAGCCUCGUGGACGGGUUCAACGUCCCGAUGACGGUGACCCCGCACGAGGGUUCGGGCGUGUGCCCCGUGGUUGGGUGCAGGGCCAACCUGCUGGCCACCUGCCCCCCAAAUCUGCAGCUGAGGCACCCCCCGGCGGGGGGACCGGUGGUGGCAUGCAAGAGCGGGUGCGAGGCGUUCGGGACGGACGAGCUGUGCUGCAGGAACCACUACAACAGCCCAGCGACGUGCCGGCCAUCGAGCUACUCGCAGUUCUUCAAGCACGCCUGCCCCUCCACCUUCACUUACGCCCACGACAGCCCCUCCCUCAUGCAUGAGUGCUCCUCCCCUAGAGAGCUCAAGGUCAUCUUCUGCCACUAAAUAAUUAGUAGUUUUGUCGUUUGGACUUAUUAGAUAGAAGUUGUUGUAGGGGUAAUUUGGGGUUUUCGGCGGAGAUACGGGUCCUCCUUAUCCCGUCUUUGCUUCCUACAAUUUUAAUUUCUUCCAGAGAAAGUGUUAUCGUGUGACGCUGCAGUUGCCGUCAUGUCAUGUAUCUUAUCUAUGUAUAAUUUUGAGCUGAUUAAUCUUAUGGGGUUGGGUUCGCAAUUA